AUGGAGGAGGAGAAGGAACAAAAGAAGAAGCAGCAGCAGGGUAAGGGGAAGGGAGGCAAGGAAAAGGAGAAGGAGAUGUUUGAGCUGCUCCUGAAAAUGGCGAAGGAAUUAUGUCCGUCGUAUGUGGAGUGCAUGGAAAAGUGCAAGAAGGAGCAGGAGAAGAAGUCCGGUGGUAGUGGUGGUGGUGAAGAGGAAGGUGAGGAGGGGAAGAAGGAGAAGAAGAAGUCAGGUGAGAAAGGAAAGGAGAAGAAGCAGAAGGAGGAGGAGGAGGAGGAGGAAGAGGAGUAG